AUGGGGGUUGUGGUCGCACCCGCACUGAUCCCAGAUAUCGAAAAAGUCUACGACUGCUAUUUUGAAGCCUUCAAACAGGAGCCGAUGGCCGCGCUCAUGCUAGACGUGUUGUUUCCAGGUGGAAUCACAGAUGAAUUCCGUAAAGAGCACACCAAGGCAACGCUGGACUGGUGGCACAAGAGCACCACGCAAUACACCUGGAAAGUCGUCGACGUCGAGAAAAACGAGAUCAUCGGCAUGAUAUUAGCCGAUGGUUUUGUUGCCCAACGCUCUGAAGAGGAGCGCAAGUACUCUGGUCUGCCGUGGCUGCAAGGUCGCGAGCGGGAACGCGCCGAGGCAGUCGUUCGCCCAUUAUGGGAAAUGAGAGAAAAGCUCUUCGGUGGCCGUCCCUACAUAUACGUUCAUGCAAUUGCAAUCAAGCCUGAGCACCAAGGUCUAAAAGCCGGCAUGGCUUUGAUGUUGUGGGGAGUGGAUCUGGCGGACCGGGCGGAUUUGCCUGUAUACAUUGAAGCAUCGCCAUCAACAUGGACGAUGUACGAAAGAGUAGGAUUCGAGCGCAUCAACGAAAAGCUCGUACACAAAAAAGAGGUCCUUGGUGUUGAUGAGGACAUCGAAGUACCACUCAUGGUGCGCAUGCCUUCUGCGGCAAAUGAAAUGACCUUUGACGAAUGGCGGGGAAGGGAUUAUCCGCCAUUUGAGGGUUAA